AUGUUGAUAAAUACACUUUCGAGUGCUGCUCGAAAGAAGAACUUGAACGCAUUGUACGGGAAAACGGCGGAUCUGAAGGGAGCUUACAGACAACUGGUGGUAUCUGAUACAAGCUUAGAUUUUUCUUACCUCGCGGUCUACGACCCAGCGGAGGAGAAGCCCAAGUUGUUCCAACAACUAGCUGUGCCUUUCGGCUCUACCAAGGCCGUGUAUUUCUUCCUCAGAGUGGCGAGGGCUCUUUGGACUAUCUUGGUCAAAGGAGCCAAAAUCCCAACCACGAAUUAUUUCGACGACUUUGUUCUGCUCGCUCUUGGAGGAGAUAGGAAUUCGUGUUCACACGCUUUCGAUGAAGUUAUGAAGCUGUUAGGUUGGAAGCUGUCAGCUGAUAAGACAACGGAGUGGAACACUAGCUUCGAGGCCCUCGGCGUUCUUUUCGAGCUUGACCAGACGGGGUCCGGAGUUCUGAAGGUCAGGAACACUGAGAAACGGCGCAAGGAACUCACUGCUGCGAUCAAAGGUUUUCUGGACAAGGGAACCAUGACUCAGAAGGAAGCUCUACAACUGCGGGGUAGGCUGCAGUUUGCUCAAGCCCAGUUUUUCGGUAGGCUGGGAAGAAGGUGCCUGACGGAGGUGACAAAGCAUGCCUACACUGGCAGGUCGAAGCUUUCGCCGAUGGCCAAGGAACGACUUGAAGAGUUUGGUAAGUUCCUUGACAUGGCCCAACCGAGGCUAGUGGGACAAGUUUCAUGCAGGACUUUUAUGAUCCUUACCGAUGCGGCGUUUGAAACGGAGUCAGGAACUGGAGGCCUGGGGGGCGUCCUUCUCACCGGGUCAGGUUCGGCACUCUCUUUCUUCAGCGUGCCGAUCUCAGAGCAGCAAGCCAAGUCUAUGUCGUUGCAGGAUGAGCAUACCAUCAUAUAUGAGCUAGAGAUGUUCGGGGUCUUGAUCGGUCUCAAGCUCUUGGUCGAAAAGACGGCUGCUUUCGCAGAAUCAUACGAACAGCCAGGUGCUGUUGCUGGGACUGGAGUGAUUUGUUAUAUCGAUAAUGAUGCUGCGAGACAUGCAUACAUCGCCGGCUCUUCGAAGAAAGGGGUCGCGGGGAUUCUUAUCGAUGAAGUCAAUUUCCUGGAGUAUGUCCACGGCGACCAAAGCGGUGUUAUCGAUUGUGAAGAGAGUUUCGCUGUGUUCUUGUCGAAGUGCACCCAGCUGGGACUGCCCGAGGAUGCUCGUGGCAAGCUCAAACGAAAAGGCUGGGCUACUUUCGGCACUUUUGCAUUCUGUGUGCCGGGGGAGCCGGGAAGGAUUCCCGAUGAUGUCUUCAAAACCUCCGUUGUGCAACCCAUCCUUGGUGAUGGGGGUGAGGAGCAUCAGGCGAAACUUAGGCGGCUCCACUUUGAGGCAUAUGCUUUGACAGCUGCUGAGCUGAAGCGGACGGCCGAGUCCACAGAGUCGGACCAACCACGUAAGGUCCCGACGGCGGAGCUCGCUGCUCGCUAUGAUGUGUUGCAAAGGCGCGUAAAGCCUCUUCGUCUUGUUGACCGCUUGGAGCCCUCGCAUUCACUUGUGAACCUGUCUGCCCAAAUGCUUGAGGAUCAGAGGGUGCGCUACAUCGAGUGGUCGAAGUGUACUAGCCGUGCCCAAGAGAUAAAUCUUGUGAAGGAGGACGCCAGCUUGAAGCUGCUUCAGGGUGGCCGCUCAGGAUCCGUCAAGCUUGUGGACCCCGGGUCCAAAAUCACGGCUGACACUAAGUCUGACCUUGAGGUGAUGCAGGCCUUGCGUCGCAGAGGUGUGGCGUACGAACUUGCAGCCAUCAUGUCGUUUGAGAAACACGAGGAAUUGAUUGACCGACUUUUUAUGGAAUAUCAACGGGAGCCCAUGCCGGGGUUCCAUCCGAUCUCCUUCGCUCAGCUCCAGGCCGCGGACAGGGAGGUGCAUGUUCGUAUGGGCGAGCUCACGCGAGCCGGGCUUGUGUCGGGGGCGGAUGGCUCCUUGCCGCUUGAUGGCCCGGUGUCUCAGGUGUUGGCUGGUUCCCACAUCCAGUGGAUGCUGAUGCCUCGUCAGAAGGGGUCCGGUCCCUUGGGCAGCUCCGGCGCUGGUGAGGCUAAUGAGAAGCCCGACAAGCCACCGCGCAAGCCGCCUAAAAAGACUGAUCCGUCGAAGGCGACGGAUAAGGAUCAGGGCGCCGAUAAGAAUCAGAAGGCUGAUUCCGGUGCAUCGCCGAAUGCGGCUGAGCGACCUGGCAAGCAACGGAAAACUCGCUUCGUCAUGCCAAAGGCGCUCAUCGGUCAGGUGCAGAGUGCAACCAAUGUGCAUGACACGGCCAACAGCCAUUUGGGCAAUGAUCGUGAUACGAAUGCGGAGAUUUUUGCUGCCACCUUGAUCGGCAAAGUCGAUGCGGGGGGCAUUCGUCGUCUUUUGGAGCUGCUUCCCUCGGAGGUGCUUACACUUAUGAUCAUGGCAAGCGGCAUGGUCUUCGCCAACAUUGCCAUUCGCGAUUCAUGCUUCCUGGCCGGAUCCCCAUCGAUCAUGACCCGUGCAGCUAACACAGCGACUGUGGAGCAAGUGAAGAAGAUGUUGAAUGCGAACUACAAGAAAUUGGGCAGCCAGUAUACAGAGUCGCAUCCUGCAAAGGUAGCCUGUGCUUACGAGGCCUUCAUCUUGGAUUACCUCAACGUCUCCUCGCGACCGGUCAAGACUGUGAUCUCCAAAGCUGCUUGCUUGGCCUUUGAAGGACUUGAGCAAGCUGAGGCCGACCAUUUUGGCCGCCAGAUCGCGAAUGUUGUGCAGUUUGCUCGCUUGAAGAGGAAGAGCAUCUCCAGCGGCAAAAGGACGGAUCCUGCUGUACUUCGCAUUGUUGAAGCCCUAAGCAGAAGAGAAGCCCGAGAGGAACAAGCCAAGAUGGGGAUUGCACCUCCCAAGCCGAAGUUGUGGAGGGGCAGGAAAACAUUGACAAAGGGCAACUCCGAUCCCAAGCCGCCUCUGCCCGUAGAGCCUCGAGAAUCAGAGCCUGAUGGAGAACGGCGGCCUAGGAGGAGCACAUCCUCCUCGUCGGACAUCUAUGCUAGGUAUGGGCUUUCGGUCCCCCGGGCGCCGAUCGGGCAUGCGACGGCGAUCGAUGUGAUCUCGAGCAGUGGUGAUGAGGCUUUUGCAGUCGAGGAGGAUGAUCAUUCUCCUGCAGAUGCAAAGACCGUCUCGAAAGCUAAGUCUCACUCGAGCACUGCCGGACCAUCGUCCAAGGCCAAGAGGAUGAAGUUGUCUUCUGGCGAGGCAUCGAAGCCUUCCAAUCCUGGAACUUCGCAGGCCAGCCAUGAAGCUCGUCUAGAUCAGCCCUUGAAGCAGCCCAUUUUCACGUACACGGAUCAGCAUGCCUGCAAGAGCCGGACGAUCCUUGCUGAUGGCAGUGAGAUUUCCACUGACCUGCCCGAGGGUGCUGUUCCAAAGACGGUGAUUGAGCAUCAUAAUGCUCUGGCCAGUGCGGCGGCAAUGAAGAAGCCAGCUUCUUCGGCUGCACUUCCGAAUGAUCCUGCAAGUGAUCCUGUCCCUACAGCUCCUGCUGCACCCGCAGCUCCAGGUGAUGAUCCUGCUGUUGUACCAGCUGCAGACGACGAUCCUCUCCACCAGGUUCGCAUUACUACGACCAUGACGAACCCAAGGGUCUACAUCACGGGCUGUCGCUGCAAAUCCGGCAAGCACAAACGGGAGUUGUUGUUGGAGAUCCGUCAGAGGAACUUUGCAAACUACAAAGACUUGGGGCAGGAGUAUCUCAAGAAGAUCCAGGACGGUAGCCUCACCUAUGGGCAAGCCCGUGCUCUUCGAAGCGAGCUCCAUGCAGAGUAG